AUGUCGUCCAGCAAACUCAAUAUUCCGUACUUCCACGACGACAAGAAAGGCAAUGCGAUACCCUGCUCAAUAAGCAGACCGGAACUAGCUACCCAUAACAGUUGGCCAUUGUCAACCUACAACAGUGCCUCUAUGCAGCGCAGUUGGAACUUCACAAACCUGUCACCAUCGUCUCCAGAACCACGUACCCGACGCUCUCGACUUCAAUUACGGGACCGCCGGAGAGCCAAACGUACCCUACGUGCAUCGAACAAGAUAUCCCCGACUGCCUCUACAGUGCACGAGCGUGUGACUUCUCUGGAAACCAUCGGUCUCCAGCUCUCGUCUUUAUCGCUCAAGGUAUCGCCUACCUCCCAAUCAGUGGAGCAGCGAAACGGUAAUGCCACUUCUCCGAAAGCGCGAUGCGGCCGAGAAGCGACGGUUCACGGUCAGCGUUCCUUACCGAGCACCCCAUUUUUCCUGGGACCUGCCUCACUGGCGAACCCCGGCGAGGGUCUCGUGGGUUCUCAAAUUAGAGAUACGAGAAAUUCUAUGCAACUCAGCUUAUUAGCCCGGGAGAAGAUACCGCCCCUAUGA